AUGAGUCCAAAUACUUGCUGGCUGUGCAAGAUAUUCAGAGCAGAAGAAAAUGGGAACAGUUCUAAGGUGUCUUUGGAGAAAGUGCUACAACGGUCCCAAUCUUUUGAAAAGCUGAUAAUGAGCAAAUAUGGGCCUAUGAUCUACAAGAUCUACUUGAAGACAGAGCACAGUGAUGAAAAAGAAUUCUGGCUUGCUUGUGAAGCUUACAAGAUCACAUUACAGAGGAAAAGGAUGGCUGUGGCUAGGAAACUUUUUACAAGUUACAUUCAAACUCAGACUCCCAACAAGAUGAACAAACACAGUCCUGCAAGGAAAUACAUUAUAAGAAAUAUUCAACAGCCAACACAGUCUUGUUUUGAUGAAGCACAGAGAAUAAUUUACAUGCACAUGGAAAGAGAUUCUUAACCACGAUUUCUUGAAUCAAAAUUCUAUGAACAACUCAAACAGUCUUCAAACUACUGA